AUGCAUAUCACCACACUCGCCCUCCUCUUCACAACCACCCUCGCAGCACCUCUGAUCGAGCCCCAACAUCGUUCAAUCACUUCCCGCCACAUCGCCCGCUCGCCCGUUGUCCUCGACAUUGCCAACACCUCAUCCCUACCUGGCGUGAGGACCAGCCCUGCUGGGCGCGCCGGCGCAUUCGAAGUCGAAUUCCAAUCCGCCCAAGCAGGCCAAGUCCUGACCCAAGAAAACACCUCUCCCGCCGCCCCACCAGCUGGGUUCGCGGCGGUCGAGAGCUCGAGCUUCAUUGUGCAGUUUGCGACCAGUGGGACGCCGACGCUGCAGAAGAUUGAUUAUAUCUUUGACGUUACUGAUUCAGCAGUAGCAGCACUCGACCUCGCAACGACCAAGAUCGGAAAAUUGAGUGCAGAUGGGUGCAGCUUUGCGAUCGAGGAAGGGUUGGAGUUUGAGUUUGAGGCCGAGGAGAAUGAGAUUACGCUCACUGUGGAUGAUUUGAAUGGGGAGUGGGCGGCCGAGGGUGCUGCGGCGGGUGAGGCAGAGGCUGCUAAGGUCGUCGCGGCCAAGGGAGCCGGCGCUGCUGGCAAGACGGCUAUGGAGUAG